UUAUAAACAACUACUCAGAACUCGAGGCAAAUGUUAUAUCGUGGCUUUAUCUCUCUUAGACUCCGAUCUGCUGAAUAUUUAUUUAAGUUUAGCUGUAAGAGAUCAUUAAUGGGUUCUAACACACGACUAUCACAAAAGGAGGAAAAGACGUUUCAAUACCAGGAUUCUCUUCCAAGACUUCCAGUUCCAUCCCUUGAGCAAACCUGCAAUAAAUAYCUAGAAUCAGUAAAACCAUUAGUGAAUGAAACAGACUACCUGCAAACAGACUUUCUCAUCAACGAGUUCAAAAAUGGAGUUGGAAAAGAACUACAAAAAAAGCUGCUUCAAAAAGGACAAGAACAGAGAAACUGGUUGGAGAAAUGGUGGGAAGAGGAAGGAUACCUGAGGCCCCGUUAUCCUAUUACACCUUAUGUCAACAUUGGAGGACCAGUGUCCUCCUUUUCAAUGUGGCCACCUCUAGAAGGCACUCAAAUAAAACGUUCAGCCAUUCUUACUAAUGGUGUUUUACAUAUCUGGCAGCAAAUUUACAAAGAAGAAAUGCAGGUACAAAAGAUGAGUAACAAGCCUCUGUGCAUGAAUCAAUAUGCAAGAGUGUUUGCUGGAUGUCGUGUCCCAGGAAAAGAAGUUGAUAAGCUAAAGAUCCUUUUUAAACCAGCUCCAGCCUCCUCUCCUCGACAUAUAGUAGUUCAAAUAAAUAGCCGGCUGUUUAGCUGCACAGUUUUAGAAGAAAAUUACGAACCCUUUACAGCACCAGAAAUUGAAAGGAGCCUCCAAGAAAUCGUCAAAAUUGCAUCGUCUAAGUCUCCAGGACCAGCAGUUGGAGUUCUUACAGCUGGAGAGAGACACACUUGGUAUGAACUGAGAGAGCAUCUGAAAAGCCUAAGUCCACGUAAUGUUAACUACCUCAACGAAAUAGAGACUGCACUUUUUAUCUUGGUAUUGGAAGAACAUGAUGCACGACAAGAAACUGAGAUAUCGCAGCAUUCAAUAGCUGGAGACUGCAAAAACCGUUGGUUUGACAAGUUUUUUUCAAUUCUUGCUUUCAAAGCUGGACUAUUUGCCACACACUGUGAUCAUUGUCCAUUUGAAGGAGUUGUCGAUGCUGAUGUUGUCGAGCAAGCGCUUGCUUUGAUUCAGAGAAACAAUGGAGAAUGGAAGGGAAGAAAGGAGAUAAAAAAUUCCAUUCCACCUUAUGAACUCGAUUUUGUUAUUGAUAAUCAAAUCGCCAAAGGAAUUGAAGUGGCAGCAACAAUGUAUCAAUCAGCUGCGGAUAAUUUAGAAGUAUUGAGCCACCAUUUUGAUGAAUUUGGUAAAAAUGUCCCUAAGAGCCUAGGAAUACAUCCAGAUACAUUUUGUCAAAUGGCCAUUCAACUAACCCAUUAUCGUAUUCACAAAAAACCAGCUCCAACAUAUGAGACAGCACAGACCCGCCAGUUUUAUCAUGGAAGGACAGAUACGGUUCGUUCUUGCACAGAAGAAGCACUUAACUGGUGCAAAGCAAUGGUUGACCCAAAGAAAGAUAUCAAUUUUAAGGCACAGCUUCUCCAUAAAGCUUGUUUAAAACAUGGUCAACUCAUGAUGGAAGGUAUUAAUGGCCAAGCCAUAGACCGUCAUCUACUUGGUCUUAGCAUGAUAGCCAAAGAAGAAGGUAUACCAACUCCUCAAAUAUACUUAGAUAAGUCUUGGACAAAAAGUGGCGGUAGUGGUAAUUACACCCUGUCUACAAGUUGCGUUGGUUUUACGGAGAUUUAUGGCUCAUGCGCUCCGAUGGUGGCGGACGGAUACGGGAUUUUUUACAGCAUAGAAGAACACAGGUUCAACAUUUCGUUUACGAGAUGGAGGAAUUCUCAGGUGACUGAUGUCCAUCGCUUUCGUGAUGAAUUCUGGAAAAGUUUGUGUGACAUGCGUGACAUCUUACAGGCCGUUUCCAAACUCUGACUCCACAUGCAUGUCAAGGCGUGACACACUGAUCAUUUCAUUUCAUUCAUCGUAUUCGUAUAUCCAAUAAUAAUCGCACUAUUAUUUAGCUUAAACAACCUCUGGGCUGAUCAAUGUCAGGGCGCGGCUAACUCACAGAUCGAACCCUGAAACAACCUCUGGGCUGAUCAAUGUCAGGGCGCGGCUAACUCACAGUUCAAACCCUGAAACAACCUCUGGGCUGAUCAAUAGAGAGUUUAAGAUUCUCGUUUACGGUAGCCUGCAAAGCAGGCGUUCUUGUGCAUUUUUCGUCGAAACAGGAAUCCCAAAACGCCGAAUCUUCCUCACACCCAUCACAAGGACGCCUGCUCUGCAGGCUACGUUUACGGCAAACGUGAAACGUCAGUUGACCAUUAAAAAAUUCUUUAAAAUUAGUGAAAAGGAAUCGCAAAAAUCUCCAAGUAGUAGAUAAAUAAAAGAAUACUUGUCUUUGUCGAGAAGGUUUGCAAAAGGUAAAGUGAAAUGUAGGGAAACGAUGAAAGCGUGAUCACGUUUGCCGUUCGCGGGAAGGAAAAUCGGGAAUGUUUUAAUCUGCCUAAUGUCAGGUCACGGCUAACUCUCGGAUUAUUGAAUUUAAAUCUUAGUUGAGUGGUUAGGUUUUGCGGGGGGAGGAAAACUGGAGAAACCAGAGAGAAACCCUCAAAUCACGGGAGAGACCUAACAAACUCUACUUGCAUAUAAUACUAAGUCCAGGUAUCGACCGUGAGACCCUAGAGGUGAGAGGGGGGAGGGGGGUGCACUACUGCUACACCGCCCUUAAAUUCUUUCAACCACCAGCCACAGAAAGUCAAUGAUUUACGUCAGUGCUGCAGAUGUCUUCUGAUCAAUCUAUUCACGCCUAAGAUCGGAUUUUCAAAAAUUUCCCCGAGACUAGCCCAGCCAUUGAUCCCUUCCAGAGGAGUAUACACUAUUAUCUGGAUCACUUCAAAGAGAUCACUCAAGCCGCAUGUGUCAAGUGUUGGGCUUUUCCAGACGUGGAAUCCUUGAUUUUCUUUAAUGUUCUAUUGUAGGUAAUUUCGGUACAAGGAUUCCGGAUUCUUAAUUAAACUUCCAUCUUGGAGGAAAACCUACUGUUGUCAUAGGCAUCCACUUUCGUCUUUUUCGAUCAGAAAAAGCAGGCCAUACACUGCCAUGCAAUAAUAGCCACGAGCCACUUUUCAUCCAUAAAUUUUAAAAUCGUACGAUAUUUUAUAGUAAACAUUACAUUCAGUAAAAUUAUAGAUUAGAAUGACGUAAAAAAAAACUCGAAAGUUUGAGUUAGAAAUAUUAAUAGUGAUAAUUUUUUAAUGUGGCUAGUCUGUACUCUGUAACUUUGAUUGCAAAUAACUUCACUGGAAUGCUAUGUAUAGAAAUAAGACUUUCCAAAAAUACCUAUUUCUACUUACUCUU